AUGCCCAUAUUUCCUGGAGGUCCUAGUGGGAUGGCUGCCUUCAAUGAACAGACACUUCAAUUUCCGUUCUUUUCUCCAAAUACCCCGAAUCAGCAGUCACAAUCGCAGCCUUCCGAUCAACCUGCGUUCGCACCGUUUAACACUGCUUUGCCCAAUGACAUAAGUAAUCCUCUGAAUUACUUCUCCCUCAUGCCUCCACCUCCUUUCAUGAUGAACUUUGGUCUACAAAAUCCGGCGAUGGCAGGACCCCUCUUAAGUGGCUUUCCGCCCUUGCCCUUUGAUCCAAUGGCUUUUGCAGCAGCUGGUUCUGCUGGCGGCAACAUCUCAGAUGUGCUUGGUCAGCUACCUGUCGGAGCAUCGGCAACAAAGGAUGUAGCUUCGCCGCCACCUAAACCUCCAUCCCCUGUCAAAUCAUACAUUGAGCAGUCGUCUUUACCGCCCAAGUUGGUCACUCCUCCACAGCCGCUGUUGGUCAUCUUGGACUUAAAUGGCACGCUGAUCUACCGCAAGCACCGGCGGUUUCCUCCUGUGUUUGCCAGAAGGGCAGGAUUGGACGAAUUUUUAGAUAAUUUGGUGAGAAAAUACAAGGUCAUGAUCUGGUCCAGUUCCCAGCCGAACACGGUGAAAGCGGUUUGCGACAGGCUCUUCCCAGGCAAUAAAAGAAAGGCUCUCGUGGCAGAAUGGGGUCGUGACAAGUUUGGUCUCACGUCAUCACAAUACCGGGCUAAAAUUCAAGUCUACAAAACAUUAGAGACGGUAUGGAGCAAUAAGGCGGUUCAAGCGUCAUAUCCAUCACCUUCUCAGAAUAAACGCCGUAAAGCCACGCAGACUGGCACGCAGUUGAAAACCCGAUGGGAUCAGUCCAACACCAUCCUGAUUGAUGACAGUAAACUCAAGGCUCUCAGUGAACCAUACAACAUACUCGAGAUCCCAGAGUUUACCAACCAGCACGGUCUCGAUGAGUCCGCAAUAUUUCCAAAGGUCAUGCAACUCCUGGACGAACUAGCAAAACAUGACGAUGUCAGCAAAGUCCUCUAUCGGUGGAAUUUCGAGUUACCCGAAAAUCACGGCAUUCUUGAGCUUGACCUCGGCGUUAAUACCAAGGAGGUCGACCAGGAUCACAACAACAGCACCACCGGUGACGCCCACUCUCCACCUUCCCAACAAGAUACUCCAACCGAGCCGACAGCCGUGGCGCAAGCCCGCAAAGAAAGGCGGAAAAGGCGAAAGGAGCAACGCAAGGCCCGCAAACAAGAGCAAAAGCUAGAGACAAAAACGGAAACGAAAACUCGCAAGAUACCACAAAAGGUCUCAUCAACAGGUCAAGCAGACAAAGCUACAGCUACCCCCACUAUCCCAGCGGCAACGACUACUGGUAUCUCUGCUGGAUCUACAAAGGCCAUGGUGCAACCGAUCCUUGAACGUUCACCAUCACCCGCCACUUCAUCUGCCGAAUCCGAGAACUUCCUUCUAGAUCGAUUAGAGGAUUCUUUGAACGUUAGAACUGACUGA